GUUGCAAAUCGAAGCGGAAGGGAGAGCGAACAGCCUUAUUCAACAAAGUUUGGGGGCACAAGUCACGACUGACAGUUGGAUUCAGAUUUUAUCUGCCCUCAUCUCAUCUACCGGCCUUUCUCAUCCCCUCACUCUCUCCACUCCUUAUCUUCCUCCUUUGCUCUCCUCCUCCGACGAUUUCCCAGAAACCAUGAGCUGGUGGUGGGCCGGAGCCGUUGGCGCUGCCAAGAGAAAAUUAGUAGAAGAUGAAGGGCCGCGAACCCCGCAGAGCGUGGGGUUAGUGAUCGGCGUGACGGGAAUAGUCGGCAACAGCCUCGCCGAGAUCCUCCCUCUCUCCGACACCCCCGGCGGUCCAUGGAAGGUCUACGGCGUCGCCCGCCGUCCCCGGCCCAACUGGAACGCCGAUCACCCCGUCGAGUACAUCCAGUGCGACGUCUCCGACACCGAGGACGCCAAGGCCAAGCUCACGCCGUUGAGGGACGUCACUCACCUCUUCUACGUCACCUGGUCCAGCCGAUCCACCGAGGCCGAGAAUUGCGAGGCCAACGCCGUGAUGCUGCGCAACGUCUUGAGCUCCGUGAUCCCAAACGCGCCGAAUCUGAAGCACAUAUGCCUCCAGACCGGCGGCAAACACUACAUCGGGCCGUUCGAGUCGUGGGGGAAGAUCGAGCCGCACGACACGCCGUUCACAGAGGAUCUGCCCCGGUUGAGCUACCAGAAUUUCUACUACACACUCGAAGAUAUAUUGUUCGAAGAGGUGGAGAAGAAAGAGGAGCUGACUUGGUCGGUGCACCGACCCGACACCAUUUUCGGGUUUUCGCCUUAUAGCUUGAUGAACAUUGUAGGCACCCUCUGUGUGUAUGCUGCUAUAUGCAAACAUGAGGGUUUGCCACUGAGAUUUCCGGGAACCAAAGAGGCGUGGAAUUGCUUGUCGGCAGCUUCGGAUGCGGAUUUGAUAGCGGAGCAGCAGAUAUGGGCUGCAGUGGAUCCUUAUGCUCGAAACGAAGCCUUCAAUAUCAACAAUGCGGAUGUGUUCAGGUGGAAGCAUUUCUGGAAGGUGUUGGCUGAGAAUUUCGGGAUAGAGGAAUUCGGGUUUGAGGAGAAGGGGGAGAGGUUAAGCUUGGAGAAGUUGAUGGAGGGGAAGAAUGGAGUGUGGGAGGAGAUAGUGAAGGAGAAUCAGCUGCUGCCGACGAAGCUGGAGGAGGUUGGAGUGUGGUGGUUUGUGGAUACUGUGUUUAGUGGGGAAAAUAAGUUUGGUUGUAUGAACAAGAGUAAAGAGCAUGGGUUUGUGGGGUUUAGGAACUCCAGGAAUUCCUUUGUUACUUGGAUUGAUAAAAUGAAAGCUUACAAGCUUGUGCCUUGAUGAUGAUGGUGGUGGUGGUGGUGGUUUUGGAAUUGAAGAUUUGCUUGUUCUGGAAGCUUACAAGUGUGUGCCUAUUGCUGUUACCAAUUUAAAAUAGAUUGCCAUUGAAGAAGUUUAUUGUGGUUUUGUACUUUUGUUAUUCUGGUUCUACAUGAAUUCAAUAAUUAAAGAUCAGAGCCAUAGAAUUGGUUUUUAGCUACAUGAAUACAAAUUUAAGGUAUGUAUAUUGUAUGCGACUUUCUUGUAGUGAUUGGAUAUAUGCUUAGAAAUGAAAUAAGAAA